AGACGUUCCGCUGCGCCGUGCGCAGCCGGAAGUGACCGGGCCCUAAGCGGGAGGGGACCUGGCGGAGCGGAAGUCACUCCGUGAGGCAGUGGCGACGGCGGCGGUGAGAGGAUGAACAACAAGUUCGACGCAUUGAAAGACGAUGACAGUGGGGACCAUGAUCAGAAUGAAGAAAACAGCACACAGAAAGAUGGUGAGAAGGAAAAAACAGAACGAGACAAGAGUCAGGGCAGCAGUAAGAGGAAGGCUGUUGUCCCUGGACCAGCAGAGCAUCCCCUGCAGUACAACUAUACUUUCUGGUACUCCAGAAGAACCCCCGGCCGUCCCACUAGCUCACAGAGCUAUGAACAGAAUAUCAAACAGAUUGGCACCUUUGCCUCUGUGGAGCAGUUCUGGAGGUUCUACAGCCACAUGGUCCGUCCCGGGGACCUGACAGGCCACAGCGACUUCCAUCUCUUCAAAGAAGGAAUUAAACCUAUGUGGGAGGAUGAUGCAAAUAAAAAUGGUGGCAAGUGGAUUAUUCGGCUGCGGAAGGGCUUGGCAUCCCGUUGCUGGGAGAAUCUCAUCCUGGCCAUGUUGGGGGAACAGUUCAUGGUUGGGGAGGAGAUCUGUGGGGCUGUGGUCUCUGUCCGGUUUCAGGAGGACAUUAUUUCAAUAUGGAAUAAGACUGCCAGUGACCAAGCAACCACAGCCCGAAUCCGGGAUACGCUUCGGCGAGUGCUUAACCUACCUCCCAACACCAUUAUGGAGUACAAAACCCACACCGACAGCAUCAAGGACAAUUCAAGCUUUCGAAAUACAAAAAUCACAUUGUGAAAGUACACGAGCUGGCAAUAAUCCUUUUCUGUAUGUGUGUGUUUGUCCGAAAUGGAUGGGAGGUCUCCAGCCGGUCCUUCCAUCUGCUCACUGAAGGGACGUCCCCGAGCCGUGUGCUCCCCUUUUGCACUCAUUCCUGGAGGACAGAUUCCGCUAGACACCCUCCAGCAUCGCUGACUUUAUAAAGCGGAAAAAGAGAAAACGUGACUUUGUAAUAGACAAACUUUUUUUUUAAUGGGGUUCUGUGGGGGGGUGGAGUUCAGCCUUUUGUUUUGCUGUGUGCGGUCCAGAUGCCUGUCGGGCGUUCUGUGUGCUCUCCUCUGCUGUACGAAGGGCAUCGUGACCACGUGUACAAGCCAGAGCUGUCGACCGAGAGUUGUCAGUAUUAUGAAUGUCUGUGCAUCCAGGAAAAGCUUUUUGUUGGAGAGUCCGGAAUGGCUAUAAAUGCUCUCUUCUAGCUCUGCCAUUAAGUUAUUGGGCCAUUUUGUUUAUUUCUCUCCCCUUUUCCCCCAAGCCCACCAUUUUCUGAAAAUGUGUUAACUGAUUUUGUAUAGUCUCCUGCCUUAUGCCCUCCAGUUCUACCCUCCUGUGGGACUCUUUCUUCUUAGGCACUGCUGCACUUAGAAUUUUAAUCCAGUGGGCCACACUGGUUUCACUGAGGCAGCUCAGAAGGUAUGCCUUGGUAAAUCAAACUGGCGCAGAAUCCAGUUUGAUUAGGAGCUAGGUUAUAAUAGCGGUUCCAAGUGCGGGAUUUGGAGCUGAGGGCAAUGUCUGAAACCAGAUGAGCAGGGCCUGUGUGUCCAGCCUGUUGCAUGACCCUCAUUGAGGAAGGGAAGCAAAAGCUUGGUUGUUGCCCAGUGUGAACACUUAAUAUGGUAAAUUCUAUGAUCCCAAAACUGGGGCAUCUGAAGAGAAGGUGACCGUGAUGGGUGGCUUUCUUUGCAUGGCUGUGCCUGUCUGCAGUGGUUGAGGAAACCUGCUUUCGGUCCUUGUCACCUGGUAGAUAAUGCUAGUAAUGCGUGCUGACCCAUGACGUCCAGACAGAAACCUCUGACAGGCCACUGCAAGCAUGCUUUAAAAAAGACCAGUCAGGCAUCAGAGAAGCCUGGUGAUCUGACUCCAGAAGGACUGAAGUCAGAGAGGUCAAAAGAGCACCUAGGAUUGAAAUCAGUACUGAGUACGAGUCCCACAGCAGCCUGCAGGGAGCGCUGUCUUACUUGGCUCUUGUGAGCAGAGAUCGCAGUACCUUAAAUUAAGGCCUCUCCUAAAACCUGUCCUUGCCGGCCAGGGCCUUCGCCACCUGGUCUCAGAGAAGUCCUAUGAGAGUAAUAGGCAUUUCCUUAUUGUAUUUAUAUUACUCUCUUCCUACUUUCCAAGUUCUGAACCCCCUCUAAUUACCACUGUCUUGGGAUGCUUUUUCCCCGAAAGAAUGGGAGUGCAGGAACCAAAAGGGAGGUGCUUCCAUUACAGGUGAAGUUAGAUCGGAUAAGAAGAUCUAGCCAUGAUUUAAACUCCAGGAGUAUGAAGAAUGAAUUGUAGUGCCCAGAUAAUUGUGAAGGGCUCAGGCAAACAGAGGAGCAACAUUGGCUAAAAUGGGGAGCGAAGGCCGCCUCCUGAGUAUUUGUGUAGACCCCAGGGAGGGCUUCACGUUUGCCUACACAGAUUUGCCAUGAGAAUUCCAAAGAGAGCAGACAUUUGGAUUUGCCCUCCUUGGGGCAUCUACCUGUUGUGUGUGUGCAAGCAGGUGCGUAUGUGUGUGAUGUGUUCGUGAGGGAGGGUUCUGUCAGGCUGAGUGCUUGGGUGUACUGUCCAUAGUUUUGCGCUUUUUUUUUUUUUUUUUUUUUUGUCUCGUUCAGAUUUUUUAAUCUCUCGUGUUUUCUAGAACUGCUCAUGUUUUCCUUCUUCCUUGGCAUUGCAGUAUUUGAAAGUUAUCUUUUCCCAUCAAAAGAUGCUGGCCCUGUGCUGGUCAGAACAAGAGUUAUUUCUCUCAGGCAGUGUCUUACCCGCAGGGCUCUCCCGGAUAUUCUGUCCAGCAGUUUUAAGUGGGAGGUUGAAGAGUCAGUUUAGCCAAACCACCCAUUUUCCAAACUGGCUUGAGAGGUCCUUUUACUUCCUUUUGACUCCAUGGGCCUCUGCUACACUGCAGUAUGACACGGCAGUGGUUAUGGUAUCACCUACUCUGGGGACAAAGCGGGCAAAAGGUGCGCCCAGACCAACCUCACUAACAUGGUAGGUUGCUGCCUGGAGAUGGGGAGUCACCUUCCACUUUGCACAGGUGGGCUGUUGUCCCCUGACCCCUCUGCUGGAUUUUCCGUUUGAAAUUGGCCCCUACUCUCGAGGGCUCUUCUCAUUUUAUCCUUCUAUUCAUGUGUGUGGGUUUUUUUUUUUUUUUUCCUGUGACCUUGGCAGUGGCAAUAAUUAUCCACCUAGAGAGAAGCUUGUGGUCCGCGAUGCUCCAAGAAUGAACUUCCAAGAAUUUGCCAGUGGAGGGGCAGAGGCUGUGACAAAGUGAUUUAGUGUUGCACUUUCAGAGCGAUUGUCUACUGCAGUAAUAAAUGAAAACUAUCCGCAAGAA